AUGCAGAGGGACUGGAGCUUCGCCAGGACCCACCCUCUGCUCACCGGCCUGUACCGCAGGCUCUUUGUGCUUCUGAGUCCCGAAGAGCUGGUGGGCCACUUACAAGAUGUUCUGGAGACGCACGAGGUGAACUGGCAGCACGUGCUGUCCUGUGUGUCCACAAUGGUGAUCUGCUUCCCCGGAGCCCAGCAGCUGGUGACCGAUUGGGUAACCUGUCUGCUGGCCCGUGCGUUUGAGAGCUUUGACCUGGACUGCAUGGUCACUGUGUUCCUGGUUGUGCGUCAGGCUGCGCUGGAGGGUCCCUCCGUGUUCCCGUCCUAUGCAGACUGGUUCCAGGCUUCUUUUGGGAGCUCAAGGGGCCACCACUGCAGCAGCAAGAAGGCACUGGUCUUCCUCUUCAAGUUCCUGUCUGACCUCGUGCCCUUUGAGGCCCCCCGGUACCUGCAGGUGCAUAUUCUCCAUCCACCCCUGGUCCCCAGCAAGUACCGCUCCCUCCUCACAGACUACGUCUCGCUGGCCAAGACGCGGCUGGCCGACCUGAAGGUUUCUGUGGAGAACAUGGGGCUCUAUGAGGAUUUGUCUACAGCCAGGGACGUCACAGAGCCCCACCGCCAGGCAUCCCAGGAUGUGGAGAAGGCUAUCCAGAUGUUUGAACACACAGGGAAAAUUCCCAUCGCCGUCAUGGAGGCCAGCAUAUUCAGGAGGCCCUACUACAUCUCUCACUUUCUGCCAGCCCUGCUCACACCUCGAGUGGUGAGUACACAUCUUCACAAACUCGGGACUGAGGCGGCAGAGAGCAAGGACAUUCCUGCCUGGAUCUCACUGGAGUCUCGUGUUUCCUCUCACAGAUCCCGAGUGCCCCUGACUCCCGUGUGGCCUUCAUAG